AUGAUGAUGCGCAGGAGAGCCAGUGGAAGUCCUGAAGCUGACCGAUCAGGCGAAGAAAGGCCAGAAGAGGAGAUGCUUGGGCCAACUGGGAGACCUGUGAGUUAUGGACCUCAAAACCCUCAAAUGUUGGAACUUGAAGAUGAAAAGAAAGAUGUAGAGAAUGAAGAACCCAAAAAAAAGCUAGAGCCGCUGUUCACCGAAGAACAAGUGAGGCAGUUUGAAGAACUGCACAACAGAGCACCUCUGUUGUAUGGAAGUCCACAGAGGACGCAGCUAGGAAUAGAGGAUGAAGCCAGGUCUUCAGGUUUAGCUUUGGAAGAUGUGCAGUUGGAAAGACCGAAGUUUCUACCUGCAGAAAGACCUGCAGCGAUGCCUGCUGGUACGCCCUCAGUGAUUUAUCAGCAGCAGAUGAUGCAGUACUUCUUCAUGUUGCAGCAAGAGAACAUGCAGCUGAAGAUGGAACAGGAGUUGCUGAAAGAAAAGCUGAGGGAGAAGGAAGAAAGAAAGACCUCUGAGGUAGAGGUGCCAAAUGGCGAAGGAGGAAGAAAGGCUAAGCCUGAAGUGGAAGGGUUUCAGACUCCUGAAGGCCAACAGCAAGGAAGCCGUGCAGCUGAAGACCGGGUUGUGAAGACAGAGAAUGACCUGGAAUCCGAGAGGAGAAGGCUGUACGAGUUGACACCGAUGGAGCAAUAUGAUGAAUUGCAAAAGGUGAUGGAUGCUGCGGUGGGUUCAGUGAAGAAGCCACCUCCUGGACGAGACCUUCGAGGACCUUGGGAAUCUCAUCAACCUUCAGAAGGAGCACGACAGAAAGAAAGAGAUGUUCCAAAGAAGGAAGCAGGUGAGAAAGGGACCGGAGGAGAUGCCAGGAAGAACCAAGGAAAUGCGUUGGAGCCAGCUGAUGAUGGAAGAAUGCAAAGGCAGGUUGAUGUCCUGUCUAAGAUGAUGUUGCACCUUCUGGAAAGUCAGCAAGGUAAAGAUGAUGGAGAAAAGAUGGAAGCGGUCAAACCUGGAGUGAACAAGUUGCAGACCCUCCAGGAGCCGACCGAAACGGCCCCCAUUGACUAUGCCGACUGGUUGACCAUGAUAGAGCCGGUGAUGACGGAUCUGUCUGACAGUUCGCAUGUUUGGUGGCGACUUGUGCUGGAUGAAUGCAGCGCAUGGUACUCUGAGUAUGUGAAGCUCCGACCACUUCAAAGAACAAGCUUUGAGAUCGAGGCCUCUGAAGAACUGAAGAAGACGAAGUGGGUUCGAGUGGAACGCCGAGCUGUUUCCAUGCUCAUGGAUGCCAUACCCACUGGAGUGAGAGAAGAGCUUGUUGCUACCAAGUCACUUUCUCCAGUGAAGGUGAUUGCCAAGUUGAUGACCAUCUACCAGCCUGGUGGACUACAUGAACGAACUGUGAUUCUGCGUCAAUUGGAGGAUCCUGGCGAAGCAGGAAACGCAGUGACUGGAGUCCAAAGUCUUCGGAAGUGGUUGCGAUGGUUGAGAAGAGCUCAGGAUGUCGGGACGUACUCUGAACACCUACUGUCGGAACUGGAGCAACUGGUCCACUUGGAGAAAAGGUCAAAGGUGGCUAAUGCAGAAAGAGCGACAGCUACAACCAGCCAGGUGAAGCAGUUGAACGCCGCAAGCAGUGGGAGCACAGAGGACAAGAAUGUGAAAAAGAAUGUGAAGGAAUGCAAGUUCUUUCAUCAGGAGGAUGGUUGCAGACGUGGUGCAGCUUGCACUUGGGGACACAAUGUAGAGCCAGGGGAGAAAAGGUGCUAUGUGUGCGGAUCCACCAAGCAUUUUGCGAGGGAGUGUCCACGCAAGGACAUUCAAAAAGACCCAAAGGUGCAGAAAGUGGAAAAGGAGGCUGAGGCCCCCAACAAAACCGCCAAUAAGAGCCCUGCCCCUGCUGAGGCCCCAGCAGUGGCAACAAAGGAGGCUGAGACCACCAAAGAAGAAGUUGCUAGUGUUGGAGGAGACUCUCUGCGAAGCGUCAUGGAAGAAGCUUCGAAGAUGCUGAAGAGCAUGGGAGUUGAAGAAAAGCCUACAAAGACCAGGGAAGAAAUGACCAAAGGACGGAUGCUGGAGCUACAGAAGGAGUUGCAACAGAUUCAGGACGGAUCGUGGAAGCCUAGAAUCAAUAUGAUGAAGACUGCCAUGGUUGCCCGAGUCAAGUUCGGCAAGAAAGCGUUGCUGGAUACCGGAGCCACUCACGCUCUGAGGUCCAAGAGGAGUGAUGAGAACCUGGUUGAGGGCAAAGAGUACAAGAAAGUGAGAGUGAACCUUGCAGCUGGAGGUUCAAAGACAAUGUGGAUGACGGAUGGAGGAACCCUGGUACAUGAAGAACCAGGGAUGGAACCGAUACUACCAGUUGGUCGUCUAGUACGAGAACUGGGAUGCAGCUUUGAGUGGAAAGAUGAUGAAUGCUUUCUUUUCCACCCCAUCAGGGGACAGAUAGCAGUGGAGGUCGAAGAAGGAUGUCCACAGAUCACCCAGGCAGAAGCGGAAAAGAUGGUGGAUGAACUUGAAGGAAUGAUGUCGCUUCGAAGCAUGAAAAAAGUGGCAUAUGAUGAUGCAUGUUGGGGCGCAGAAUGGAUGGCUGAGUUGGUAGAGAAACAUCCAGUACUGGCCUCAAUACCCUCACUUGUCAAGGACAACCUAGUGGAAGUGCCGGCCGAAGACCUUUUGCUUUUGAAGGCCAACAGAAGAACCAGGAGACGAUGGAUUGAACAAGGGGUCACUGUACAUUUGUACGCCGGGCCAGAAGAAGGCCUGACUCUGAAGAGAGCCUACUUGGAGAAGGGAGGUGAUGGCACGAGGUUGAUCGAAAUAGACGUGAAGAGAGGAGCACAUCAUGACAUGUUGAGAAUUGGAGGGAUGUACAGUACCCUCCUCAAGCUGGCAAUGCUAGGAGCCAUUGGUGCAGUGGUUGGUGGCCCAAAUUGCCGCACACGUUCAGUGCUGCGACACACACCAAGAGAAGGCUUCCCAGGACCAUCGAGGACGGCGGGAUACCCUUGGGGACUUCCAGAUGCUCCCCCUGAUGAACAAGGAAAGUUGUUGCAGGACGAUGCAUUGAUGCUGAGGAUGCUGACCCUGUACAUGGUUGCACAGAUAGCGAGAGAUGCAAUGGUGAAAGAAAGAAGCAAGAGGUGUUUGAAGGCCAAGGUUGGAUUUCUGUUGGAGCAGCCAGCAGCACCGGAGUGGUGUCCAGAAUGCGCUUCGUGGUGGAGAAAUCGAACAUGGUUGCUGUUCAAGCACUACUACCAGAUGGAAGAAGUGACGUUUUACCAAGGAGAUUUUGGAGGUGAAGCGAGAAAGCCAACAACAUGCGGAACAAACCUUGGGUUUCAACCACCAGACCCACUAGUACAUGGUGAGAGGAGCAGAGAACAAGGUCCAGAACUGGAUUCCAGUAAGCUCUCGAGGUGGGCUCCUGGGAUGAUGCAUGAAGUUGCAAGGCUUUUGAUAGAGGAAGUAGAAGGAAAAGAAGUUCGACUGAAGAAGUUGUCGUGGACUGCCCACGUUGACAAUGGACAUGUGCCGUUUCGGCGCGAUUGCGUGGUUUGCCAGAGGUCAGCAGCGAGACAAAGGCCGCAUAGAAGACAUGAUGAUCCAGAAGCGCAUUGUUUAGCUGUUGACAUUUGUGGCCCAUUGAAGUGGGGUCAGGACGUGGAUGGUGAAGAGAAGAAAUACCUUUUGGUCGGCUCCUACACGUGGCCAGUGGAAGGUAAGGACUCUGAAGAAAGCUUGGGGAUGUUGGAUGAGGAGACUGCUGAAGAUGAUGAAAUGCUUCCGGUUUUGGAAGAUGAAGAGGCAGAGCAAAGGGAGGCGUCAGCGUCUUCUUCCUCGCCACCCAAGAAGGAGGCUCAAGCAGAGGGUUUACCUUCAAGACCAGCAUCGAAAAGGAAAGGGGAGGAAGAGAAGCCUCCUGAGGAUGCAGAAAGUGCUGAGGAGAAGACUGAAGAAGGGAAGCUGGAAGAAAAUUUGAAGACAAAAGGAAUGCUGAAGCUGAUGACAUGUGUGCCAUUAGCCUCAAAGCAUGCGCUGGAUGUUUUGUCAGGAGUCCAAGAAUUGGUGGUGAAGCUCAGAAGGUAUGGCUACCCAGUAGUACGCCUGCACACGGACUAUGAAACAACCUUUGUCAACAAGCACUUGAAGGGAUGGUGCUUGAACCGAGGAAUUGUGAGGACAUCGUCCACCCCAGAAGAACACCAACAAAAUGGAAGAGCAGAGGCUGCAAUAGCUUCUAUCAAGGGAAGGGUGCGACGUCUCUUGCACUCCUCUGGCAUGGAGACGAAGUGGUGGCCGAUUGCAGCACGACAUGUGGUAGAGCUGGAGAGAAGAAGGUUUGAAAAGAUUGAGGACAAACUGCCAAGGUUUGGACAGAAGAUAGUGACAAGAAAGCGGAAAUGGAAAAGAGGAGAUGAGUUUGAAACGACAGCACAGGAAGUCACUUACCUGACUCCAAUCCCAGAAGUUUCAAAAGGACAUGCGGUUAUGGAAGAAGAUGGAAGUUUCAAGGUGGUGAGCUGCCUGAUCCAGGACUGCAAAGAGCCGCAGGAAGAAGAAAAGAAGUUGGAGUUAGAAGAAGUGAUUCAAGAAAGGGACCCUAUGGAAGCGCGAAGAAGACUGAGGAAAAAGAUGUCAGUCGCUUCUUUGAGGAUUCCAGAAGAAGAAUUUGCAGAAAGUAUCAAGCUGUUCCAGGCAGUUUUGGAGCAGGAUGAAGCGAUGUACAAUGAAGACGAAGAGGUCAUUCCGGCAGUGAUGAAAGGGAUGAUUGCCAUCAGAAAGGAAAUGGCGGCACUGCAAGAAGGCCGACUUGAAGAAGAAGUGCUACAGACCAGGGUAGUUUCCAACCAGGAAGUGUAUCAAAACAAAGAUGAGUGGGUUGGAGCUAUCAGAAAGGAGAUUAACAACUUGGUGCAGAAAGGAGCAGUCAAGAGGCUGACCAAAGAGGAAGCUGCGUACUACAAGAGAGAGCAUGCAGACAAGUUGGAGGUGGUGCCAGGAAAAGCAGUACACACGAUAAAAGCACCAGAUGGUAAGAAGAAAUGCCGCCUGGUGGUGUGUGGGAAUCACCUUCAAGGAGGAGACAAAAAAGAAACCAAGGAGGAACAUGCCAACUACUAUGCAGGAGGGGCAGACACAAUCUGCCUGCGACUUGCACUGUCCAUGGCAGCACGCUAUGGGUGGGACAUUGCAGGUUUAGAUGUGGUUGCAGCGUUUUUGAACGCGCAGCUGGGGGACGUGCAUGAGAAACCACAACCAAGAGAAGACCCAACAAGAGACAGAGGCCGCAUUGUGUUGAUGCAACCACCGCGGGUUCUGGAAAGACUAGGUCUGAUCGAAGUUGGAGAGCUUUGGCUAGUGGAACGUGCCCUCUAUGGACUGAGAGAGUCGCCUCGCCUGUGGAGUGAUCACAGGGAUGGAACCCUACAUGGCAUGGAAAUACAACAAGGAGGCAGGACGUUGAAGUUGCUGCCGAGUUUUGCAGAAGAAAACCUUUGGCUGAUCAAGGAUACCAGCCUUAGAGAUGAAGGUGGAGUGCAAGGAUUGGUUUUGAUUUACGUGGACGACAUGUUGGUCAUGUCGAACCCGGAGAUCACCAACAUGGUGGUGGAAAAGAUACAGAAGACAUGGGAAGUGACCAAACCUCAAUGGGUCACUGAAACAGAGCCAGUUCGGUUCUGCGGGAUCGAGAUCUACAAGAACAACGAAGGGGAUUACUUUGCGGGACAGCAGUCCUUUGUGAAAGAAGUGCUGAAGCGCCACAACUGCAAGGAGUUUGCGGCAUCCCCUUUGAAAGACAACUUCGAGCCGGAGGAGGAGCUAGAUAGGACAAGAGAGGAGAUCCAACUGGCCCAAAAACUGGCCGGAGAACUGCUGUGGUUGGCCGGAAAGGCCCGACCCGACCUAGCUUACACUACCAGCCGUAUCUGUUCAAAUGCAACCAGGUCUCCAAAAUGGUGUGCAGGAGCAGCUGCACACACCAUGAAGUACCUCAACAGAACCUGGGGUAUGGGACUGUACUUCAGGAAGAAGGGAGGGAAUGUCCUGGAAGUGGCAACAGAUGCCAGUUUUGCACCAGGUGGUGGUUUGUCGCAUGGCUCAGUGGUAGCAAGCAUGGGAGGUACGCCAGUGAUGUGGAGGUCCUCAAAACAGCCUUUCCCCUGUUUGUCUACCGCAGAGACUGAGCUGGUAGAAGCCAUCGAGGGAGUCAUAGUUGGAGACUCUUUAGCAUGCAUAGUGGAGGAGUUGGAAGGAAGAGUGGAUAAGCAGCUGGUAUGUGACAACAUGGCAGCCGUGGCUUUGUCCACCACGCGGACAGGAGCUUGGCGCACACGGCAUUUGAAAGUACGUGCGACACACCUCAAAUGGAGGGUGGAAGCUGGAGACUGGAAGAUGCACCAUCGACGGGGCACAGAGCUCGUCGCAGACAUGGGUACAAAGCUUCUUGGUGCCAACAAAACGAAGGAUCUGUCAAAGAAGAUGAAUCUGGAAUGGCUACCAGAUGUAGUAGCUUUCUCCAGAGCGAAGGAAGAAAGGAUUGAGAAAGAGGAAGAAAAAUUGGCAGAGGAACAGGACAGAGAACCAGCUGUGACGGUAUCCAAGAAGGUCUUUGCAGGAGAUAUGGAAAAGGUGGUAAAGAUCGCCACCCUCAUGGCGGUACUUCAGAAGGUAGAAAGAGUAUAUGCCAUGGACAAGAGUGAGACGGAAGAAGGAUCAGAAGUUUUGGCGGCAUUUGGCUUGUUGAUGAUGAUCCUUGGAGUGGUUUUGCACAAGUUGGUAGAAAGAAUGUGGAAGAUCUUUCAUGAGAAGAGAGAUCACGAGGAAUGCCAAGCUCGCGCCCUUACGCGCGACUCUCGCGCCCUUAUGCGCGACUCUCGCGGCCUUAUGCGCGACUUUCGCGGCUUCAUGCGCGAUCGAGAACGUCACCAACUUCAUGUACGCGAAGAAGAAGAAGAGAUAAGUUGUGAAGAAGGAGAACAGACCAUCGUGAAAGUGGCGACUCUGAGGAUGAGAAAAGCUGAAAACAAAGGUUCCAAUGAAAAAAGACAGGAAGGAGGAAGCUCCGCUACCAGAAGCGACAGUCACACAACCGAGAAAGGCACGGAGGAACGACAUGACAAAAAGGGAGCACAGACAGUGCCUCCUAUGCCCGCUCAAGGACGGAGCUGUGGGAACCCUGGAGGAGAGGGAGCCCAGUCUGCUCGUCCUGGACGACGCUGUGGGAACCCUGGAGGAGAGGGAGCCCAGUCUGCGGGUCCGAGCGGAGCAGUGCCCACUCCUGGAUGGCGCUGUGGGAACCCUGGAGGAGAGGGAGCCCAGUCUGCGGGUCCGAGUGGUGCAAAGCCUAACCAAGGAGAGGGAGCUCGGUCUGCGCAUCCAGAUAGUGCAGAGAAGCCGAACCUGGUGGGGCCAAUCAUCACACCAAAUGGGAGGAGAUUCCAUAGAAGCAGUGGAUGCCCGACGUUGGCACAGUCUUGGAAAGGAAGAAAGCCGCUUUGUGGUGAAUGUGGCGACACCUACUUGGUGGCUGACGUGAUGAUGAUGGAUAAGAACCAGUUAGUCCAUACGAAGAAGAAGUGCCCUAAGGUUGUGGGAGAGCUGAUCGGAUAUGAUGCAUGCCAAAGGUGUGCUUAG